UGUGCUCAUCCCCCGUUCCUCUCCCGCCAGGAUGACCGAUUGGGAAGCCGCACCCGCUGUCGCCGAGACCCCGGAGAUCAAGCUGUUCGGGAAGUGGAGCACGGACGACGUGCAGAUCAACGACAUCUCCCUGCAGGUAUUCCCGGCCCGGCUCGGGCGAGCUCCUGGCUCCUUUCUCUCAGUCUGCUUUGGUCAGAACCCACUCCAGGUUCUGGUCAACGCGAUCAUCAACAGUGGUCCCAGGGAAGACUCCACCCGUAUCGGCAGAGCUGGAACUGUGAGAAGACAGGCUGUUGAUGUGUCCCCCCUGCGCCGGGUCAACCAGGUCAGGACCACCAUGAGCAAAAGUGUCCAGUCAGGGUGUCUGUGUGAACCCCUCUCUCUCUCAGUGCAGUGUUCAUGUACUGGAGUGUCCAGUCAGACAUAG